UGAAGUUGACAAUAUCAUCGAUUCCCUUAGGAAAGCUCAAAAAAGAAAUUAGGAAAAACAAAAAGAUUGGUUUGGGAGGAAACACGACGUCGUUUCGGUGGCAUCACCGUUGUUCCCAGUCAGUUUGAUGGAUCGCCAUUGAUGGUCGAACCUUCCUUCUGUCUCCGUCUUCUCUUCCUGGGAAAGACGAAAGCGAAGAUCUUUGUAGCUUUCCCAGAGAAUUAACGAUGGGAGCCUCAUCUUCAACGGAGCAGAAAGAGGUGUCGCCGGAGCAAAGAGAGGUGGAAGCGCAGGCAGCUUCCACCGGCGCUCUCCCGAUGCUCCACAAGGCAUUCUCCCGCCUCGCCGAUCCCCAAGAGAAGGCCAUCCCUGUUCAGUCUCUGCAGAAAUGCUUCUCUCUCAGCUGCAGGAGCCCGAUUCUCGAGCCGCCUGGAAUUUCGAUGCCCGAAUCGAUUCUGGGGUUGCUUGGACAUCUGGGCCACUCCAUAGUCGACCUGUUCUUCGUCCCUGGGAAUGGUGGGUUGCGCUGGGUCGAGUUCGUGAGAGGAUACGUCAACUGCUGCGGGAGGAUGGCUGCGUCGGCCUGCCUCAAUAACCUGCUCAGAGUUUUUAAGUUUGCAGCCGAAAGAGUCGGCCUGGCAGCCAACCUGUGGUUUGAUUCUGAUGGAGCUGAGAGUAAAGUGGCUGGAUAUUUAGUGCCCUCCGAUCUUUAUGCGCUCCUACUGAUGUGUUCGAGCAUGUGUUGGAGUACCAGAAUGAACGGAGCUUCGAAGUCUGAUAAGGGGGCUGUCUUUUAUGUUCCUGAUAUAGAGAAUCUCGUAUGCUCGGCGGUUGUUUCGUGUGCCGAAGGUGGUGGAAAUUUGGAUCCGUGGAACUGUGAUAUUUUCAGUUUGGAAGCUCGGCUUCCUGCUGGGAAGUUUCUGACUUGGGUAUUGGGUACCGUUCCAAGACUUCCCGACUGCUUCUCACAAUUUGUCUCCGCGACCCUUCAGUGCUCGGUUGCAUCAGAGGAUGAAUUCGGACCCUCAGGUUCAUCUUCAAAAGAUAGCAAUUCAGAAUGGGCUUCCGAGACGCACCUUCUGACUCGUGGAAAGGCAUGGGCAAUCUCCCUUACAUUCAGAGCAGCAGCAAGUGAAGAAAUUUUAAGGCAUUGCUUUUCUUGCAAUAGCAACGAGAUGAAUCAGAAUCUUCUGUAUCGUUCAUCGAUCCAUGGGAAGGGCCUGAAUAGGUUCUGGGCGAAUGUAGAUGGAUAUCAUGGUCCGCUCCUAAUUCUAAUUUCUGCUUCUUGUGAGGAUUCUCAUCAUGGUGACACGAGCGGCAAGAAAUGGACCAUAGGUGUAAUUUUACAGCAAGGGUUUGAGAAUAAGGAUCAAUUCUAUGGAAACUCUGGGAAUCUCUACUCGAUAGAUCCCGUCUUCAAUGUCUUCUUACCCUCUGGAAAGGAGAAUAAUUUUGUUUACAGCCACUUGCAUCCUUCGGGUAGGGUCUAUGAACCUCGUCCUAAGCCUGUGGGGAUCGCUUUUGGAGGAAGCAUAGGGAAUGAGAGAGUUUUUGUGGACCAAGAUUUUGCAAGAGUAACUAUUCGACAUCACGCGGUUGAUAAGACUUACAAACCGGGUCCCCUCUUCCCGAAUCAGGGGUUUCUCCCUGUCGAUGAUUCGAUAUUAGAAGUGGAAGUUUGGGGAUUGGGUGGAACAACGGCCAAGAAAGUGCAGACAUCAUACAAGAAAAGGGAAGAACUUUUCACGGAGCAACGGCGCAAGGUUGAUUUGAAGACCUUUGCUAGCUGGGAAGACUCCCCGGAGAAGAUGAUGAUGGACAUGGUUUCCGAUCCCAACACAGUUCGGAGGGAGGACCGAUGAAAUGUGGACAGUUUUGGCGCCUAUUGGUCAAUACGGUGUAAAUUCCUUUUUUGGUCAAAUAUUGUGUAAAUCCGACAUAAGAAGCUUAAUUGAACUGCGGAUCGAAGUUGGGUGGUUAAGAGGAAAAGAGAUGUUGAAAUGAAACUGUCUACUCGUUCCAUGUCAGUAAUACCAAAUCUUCUUGCUGUGUUGCUUUA